AUGACAGGAUUAAUUGUCCCUGACCCUGGUAUUUCGACCAUACGCACAACAUCUGAUCUGUCUCAUAACGUCUCCCUUUUCAGCGACGAGUUCAAUAUCCUGUUAGAUGAAGGCGAUGUUGUGAGCUACGUAGAACCUGCCUACCCACGAGCGCGUCGAUACAUUCAGGCAACACAAGCGGACGUACCGCUUGUGAAUGCUGUUCGAGCACACAAUAGUGGGAAGCCCACCCAGGCCCAGCAGCUAUAUGCUAGCGUGAUACAGAAGCAACCAUUAUUGAUCAAUUCCACGAACCCACUUCCCGAAAAUGGGUGUGACGACGGAGGGCCGGUUAAUAGUGAAUGCUCAGGAGAGGAUUUCGAUCCUGAAAGCUUGUAUGCAUCACCAUCGGCUUCUCCAAGCGCCACACCGUCAUCGCCGACGCCGACGCCGACACCUUUAUCUUCCGUUCCAUCUCCGAGCCUUAAUGGAAUACAAUCUUUCUCCAAUCGUGCGGGAAAUCGUCGUGGAGCACGAAGUUCAACGGUUUCUCGACUUUCCACUUCGCCUCUAUAUGCUCCCUCUGGAGGACAUGCGGCCACAUUCAAAUAUACUCUUCCUCAUUUAAGCUCUUCCUCCAACGUCAGGAAUCCUGGUGCGGAAUUGACCUUUCAACAUCAUGGGUCUGCCACGCUUCCCACCGCUUUCCCCCGGUCUUCUGCAACAAAUACCCUGCCUUCAGGUUCAACAACAGCGCGAAAGGAAGCUCCCAUGUAUACGACAACGGCUCGACUAUCUAGCCAGUUGUCCGACCCUUCCAAGCUCACGACACCUGCGUUUCAGAAUGGGUCGCUUUCGCUGACCUCGCGACCGAACCCCAUCGUCGUUCACAACAUUGCAGCACCGAAAUCUUCGGCAAUAGACUCCCUUCCAAGUUCUCAACCGCAGUUUGCCCCGAGUCUAUCUGGUGCAACUAUCCAACAUCCAUAUAAUUUGCCAUGGCCUGCGGUUAUUUCGAUCAGCUCGAACAAUGCUACCAUUUCCUCACAGCCAAAUGUCUUGUUGGAGGGUGCGCAGGGCAACACAAAUCCAACAGCCACACUUCCUCAGAACGAUGUCGACCCUCACGCAAGGCGGAAGAUCCUCAAGAAAAUUAGUAUUUCCAUUGGUAAGUCAGUGGGAAAGGUGGUUCUCAAGGCCAGGGCGAAAAUGGUCCUGGGAAGCGUUGGCAUUCCCACAGAUGUGACAAAUAUAUUGUCUUCCGAGGACGAAGGAGGUGUGGUUGACGCUUUAACGGCAGGGCUUUCCGAGAUGGUAGCUUCUGCUGCAUCGGGCGUUUCAAAUGCCAUCAUUCCUGGUGCUACUCAGAGCAAACCAAGCACGCCAUCGACCGCCAACACCGCUUCUCCUUCGGCGUCCGUGAGUCGCGUUCUCGUUCCCAUUCAUGAGCCUGCACCAGCCGCUCCGGCAAUGCCCUCCAUGCCAACAAACUCUACAAAUGUAUCUCAGGCCGACUAUGAUGCAAUCGUGCACCAGAUGAAUUUGUUGCAUGUAGCGCAACAGAAGCAAGCAAUGGCCCUGCAAGAAUUGCACCAUCCACCUCCAAUCUCCGCUUUGCCUAAUACUCAAGCUCCAGGAAUGAUGAACUACAGUGCUAUGGGCAAUCAUAUCAACCCGCCCAACAAGGCACCAGUAUCUGUCCCAAUCUUGGCUUACUCUGCUGCGCAAAUCCAUCCCGAGGCUGUGCUUGCUUCUCACAGCGCCCAGACGUUUGCCCGGCCUCAGGAUUUGUCUCAGAAUCCCCCGUCUUCCCAGUCAAAUAUUCUGGGUAGCGUUCUCGGUGGAGCGACGAACGCAGUUGUAUCGAGCGCGAUUGCUAACAUUGAUUUUGCGGGCCUGACGGACGCUGCAUCUAGCACGUUGACCGACUUCACCACGUCCUUCUACCCGACUGUGUAG